AUGGCGAAAUCAAAACAAACGUACGAGGAAAUCAGGAAAAAGAGGAUGGAAGAGAACAAGAAGAGAAUGGAAGAGCUCAACCUCACGAAGCUCUCUCAAAGUCUCCUUUCUAAGCCAUCUCCAGUGACAAAAGCGAAGCCCAGAAUUUCUAGGCCACCAGUGGUCUUGACUCCUGUUAGAAGGUCGAACCGAGUCGCAGACAGGCCUCCUGUUAGCUAUAAAGAAGUCCCAAUUGAACCCAUGCAGACACCCAGAAGGAUCUACCAAAGAAGGGAUCUAUUGAAUAGAGUUUAUGCUUCUGAUGAAGUAAGGGUAUAUGCAAUUCAUAGAGCAGAACAAAUUCAGUCAAGUUUGGAAGCUGAAUUCCCAAGUUUUGUAAAACCUAUGCUCCAGUCACAUGUAACUGGAGGGUUUUGGCUGGGUUUGCCAGUCCCCUUCUGUAAGACUCACCUUCCCCAUUAUGAUGAAAUGAUUACUUUGGAAGAUGAAAAGGAGGAAGAAUCUGAAACAAAAUACCUGGCUGGAAAAACUGGUCUUAGUGGUGGAUGGAGAGGAUUUGCCAUUGAACAUGAUCUAGUUGACGGAGAUGCAUUGGUAUUCCAGCUUGUCAACCCUAAAAGAUUUAAGGUGUACAUUGUAAGGGCAUAUGAUUCAGAAAACAACGAAGAUCAGGAAAACUUGGAAGACAAUGAGAUCAAGGAAAACAUGGAGGACAAUGAAGACCAGGAAAAAAUUGAAGAAAACGACAAGGUUUCAGAUGCCACAACUUUGGAGAGGAGAUACCCCAAACGAAUCAGAGCAAGUAAGUGUUCUCUAGCCCUUCAAAACCUUCCAUAA